UGGCCUAACUUAGCCCAAUCUGGUCACCCUCAUAUUUGGGAAGUCUGUCAAGCACGAGCUUCACAUUUGAGCCGCUGAUGAAUUGAGCCGAAACCCUAACCCCCCCUCCGAAAGCAUCACUAAUAGAGUAGCUCACUCGGUUUGGACAUGAAGGUCAAGGAGCUGGACCUGACGGCCAACGUGGCGUGGUCGCCGGCCGCCUUGAAUCCCGUCUACUUGGCCACGGGCACUGCGGCCCAACAACUCGACGCCACCUUCAGCACGAACUCGGCCUUGGAGUUGUACCGCCUGAAUUUGGACGAGACUGGCUAUGACAUGCCCAAAGUGGCAUCCCUGCCGGUGGAGAGCCGAUACCACAAAUUGGCCUGGGGCGCCGCAGCCAAUUCCAACAGUGACGCCAAUCGCCCAAGUGGCGUGAUUGUGGGCGGACUGGACCAAGGCGUGCUCACCAUGUACGACGCCAACAAGCUCCUCAAAGGCCAGGACAACCCGGUGGUGUUCAGCCAGAACAAGCACACUGGACCCGUGUCCGCCCUGGACUUCAACCCGUUCCAGAGCAAUCUGCUGGCCUCGGGCGCCUCGGAUUCGGAGAUCUUCAUCUGGGACCUGAACAAGCUCACCGCACCCAUGACUCCGGGAGGCAAGAGUCAACCCGCCGACGACGUCCGUUGCGUGGCCUGGAACAAGCAGGUUCAACACAUCUUGGCCUCGUCGUUCGCUUCGCGUUGUGUGGUUUGGGAUUUGCGGAAGAACGAUCCCAUCAUCAAGGUGAGCGAUUCCACGUCGCGCAUGCGCUCCAAAGUUGUGGCGUGGCAUCCGGAGGUGGCCACCCAACUGUGCCUGGCCUCGGAGGACGACCACACCCCUGUGAUUCAGAUCUGGGACCUGCGUUUGGCCUCGUCGCCAUUGAGGACGUUGGAGAGUCAUCAACGGGGAGUUCUGUCUGUGGCUUGGUGCGAUCAGGAUUCGGAUCUAUUGCUCUCUUGCGGAAAGGAUAACCGGAUUCUCUGCUGGAAUCCCAAUUCUGCCCAACCCGGCGGAGAGAUCCUUUGCGAGUUGGCCUCGUCCACUCAAUGGAGCUUUGAAGUGUCUUGGUGUCCGAGAAACCCGGCCGUGAUCGCCAGUUCGAGCUUCGAUGGCCACGUGGCUGUCUACUCCCUCAUGGGUGGCCAACAACAGGCCCAACCUACGACGGCCAUCGCGGAUUCUUUCCCCGGAAUGGAGGCCAUGCAGCCCGUGGCUCAACAACAGAGUGUGACCAUGCAGUUGAAGAAACCGCCCAAGUGGUUGAUGAAGCCGUGUGCGGCUCGGUUCGGAUUUGGAGGAAGAUUGGUCAGUGUUGAAACAGUGAAGGCCCCAGCCAAUGCUCAACAGCCUCCUCCUCCCAAGUCCAGCGUGUAUUUGUCCAAGGUGAUCACUGAGCAAGAUUUGGUGGACCGAUCCAUGAGACUUGAGACCUCUAUCCAGAACCAGAAUUUGGCCGAGUUUUGCGAGAACAAGAUCCACACCACCAUUCGGAACGAAGAUCAGCAAAUCUGGCGGUUCAUCAAGGCUAACUUUCAAUCCAAUCCACGAUUGGAGUUCCUCGAUCUCUUGGGAUACAACCCGGAUCGCAUUGCUUCAUUGGUGGAAGAAAUUAGUGGCGUGAAGUUGGAGGACCCCAAGGAAGAGUCCGAGAUGACGAAUGGUUUGUCCAAUUUGGAUUCCACCAUGGAUAAAGAGGGUGCUUUUGAGGCCAUUGCCGCCCAGACCGAAGUGAUCAAGGACGUGUUGGAGCCUCCGAAGAAGCCAUUCCUCAUUGCCACCGAUGAAAGUCCCACGGGUCUUUUAACCAAGGCUUUGUUGGCCGGGAACAUUGAGUUGGCCGUUGAAUUAUGUCUGGAACAGAAUCGGAUGGCGGACGCGCUAGUUUUAGCCGCGCAAGGAGGCGAUGAACUCGUGCAAAGAACGCAGAAGAGAUACUUUGGCAAGUGUCAAUCCCAUGAAUCCAAUCUCAUUCGAGGCGUGGUGACCGGAGAUUGGCGUGAUUUUGUCGAGCGAUGUGAUCCCUCCGGUUGGAAAGAGGCCUUGGUGGCCACAGUCACUUAUGCCUCUAAUGAGGAGUUCCCAUCCAUUUGUGCAACCUUGGGCUCGCGUUUGAGCGGGUUGCCCGCCAUGUUGUGCUUCAUCUGUGCGGGUGACUUGGAUAAUGUCGUGGAAUGCUGGAUGAAGACCAAGACCACGGAUAGUGGACCAAGUGCCUUGCAAGACUUAGUGGAGGUAGUGAUGACCUUGAAGAACGCCAUUGAGCAAAUCUACGGUCAAGUUAACAUCACUAGUGGACCAUUAUCCUCCAAACUGAUCCAAUAUGCCAACCUUUUGGCGGCUCAAGGAGCUCUCUCAGCGGCUUUAGGCUAUUUGGGAGAUUCUGAAGAGGAUACGAUCAAAACGCUCCGGGAUCGAUUGAGUGGAGCAUUGGGACGCCAAGCCAACGCUUCGUCGAUGUCCAAGCCAUAUCAACAGAAAACGCACCGCUCAUCGGUUGGUGCUCGAAGCCGGCAGUCCAGUUUUGGAUACAAUGAUCCUGUUCCAUCUCAGUCCACGUACGCUCCAGCUCCUCCUCCUCCUGCUCAUUCCUCGGGAUCUAUGACCAUGUAUGGAGGGAGCCAACCCAGUUAUGGUGGCUACAGCUCCACCAUGGACUACCCACCAACCCCCUCUGCUAUGCCUAGUUGGAACUCCCAGGCCCCAGGGCCUUCGCCCAUGGUUCCCGCCAGUGCACCUGCUGCUCCGCCCUCCAUUUUCAACCCAGCUGCAGCUGUGCCUUCAAGCAUGGCUCCACCUGUGGCCGAUGGUCCACCUUUACCCAUGGGACAUGUCCCGGACCACGGUGGUCCCGGUUACAAACCCCCCAUUUCGGAUGGUUUUGGGUGGAAUGACCCUCCUCCCAUGUCACUGACGAGUAAACCCAAGGCCUCUUCGUUGAUGACGAAAACCACGACCUCGUUACCCUCGGACCCCAUCACCCAGCCUUUGAUGGGACCCCCUGCCUCGGAGGUCCCGCCCACCAAUCAUGCCAAUCAAUAUGGCAUCAUGAAUCCCGCCCACAGUGGAAUUGCUGCACCUCCCCCGCCUUCACCGGCCAACUCCAUGAUGUCCAGUGGACCUAGCAUGUAUGGAUCAAGCUCAUAUGGAUCAGCUCCCGCCCCCACUGGGUUCAAUCCUGGUCCUCCUCCUCCUCCUCCCAGUUCCCAGGCCUCGUAUGGCUACAACCCCAGCCCCUCCCCCAUGAUGCCCGAGCCAGUCGCCUAUUCUCCGCCUUCGUCUCAAAUGCCUCCGGCCAAUUUCAUGAUCCCCGCCCAACCGGACUUACCGGCCAAUAUGAUGACACCGACCCAAUUCCAACCGGCCCCUCCGUCUUCUUUGCCCAAUGCAAUGGCACAACGAGAACCCCCAAGGGAGAAAGGACCAAUCCCUCAGGAACACCAAGAAAUUCACGAUGUGUUGGAGAACCUGCGGACCAAAUGUCUGGCCUCCGCCAACCAUCCCCAAACCCGACGAAAAUUGGAGGACGUGGGCAAGAAGCUUGAAAUUCUCUAUGAUAAACUCCGAGAACAAUCGCUUCCGGUAGCCACAACCAAUGGACUUCAUCAGAUUGUCCGUUCCCUCUGUUCGUAUGAUUAUCAGUCCUGUUUGGUGACGGUUAACAAGUUGGUCUCAACCGGCUCAUUUACCACCUUGUCCGAGUUUUUGCCAGGGGUGAAGGUACUCUUGCAAGUGGCCACGCAGCUCGGGGUUUUCCCUGAUCCGCGAUGAUUUGAACAGUUGACCCCAAGCACUUUGGAUUCCCUUCAUCAAUUGAUUGGGUUUCUGAGGACAUCCGACUAUGGAAAUGGCAUGGCUCUGUACACAAGUAUUGUUUCCGGGCCCAGCUUUGCUGAAAUUGCUGGCUUCAUGCCAUCAC